CAGGAAGUGGAUCAGAAAAUAGAAAACUUCAAUCACCAUCAUGCAUGUGUCUAACUACCAGAAGAUUUGUGUCAUUUGAAAAGACUUAAGGAGGGGAAAAAAAAAGACUCAGAGGAAUACAAGAACUAAGUCAGCAGACAAAAACGACAAUAACCCAGUGCUUAGACAUGGCCAGCACCCAGACCAGUUUGAAAACCCCUUUCAAAGACUUGACUUCAUUCAAGGGCAACAUGAAACGGCUGUACAGAGAGCGACUGGAAGACGCACCCAUCAAGAAGCGAGUAAUGGCAGAGAUCAACCUGAAGCGUCGCAGCUACGAUUCCCUCCCCAAAACUCCCAAGGUGAAGAGGGAGCAGACUGAGGAUCUGCACCAUGACUCUGACAUGGAUGUGGCGGGUCGGGCUGAAUUACAUGUGGUGGGCUCUGCUAAAGCCCUGGACUUGAGCCCUGGGCUCAAACACACACUGGCCCAGUUCACCCUCAGCAGCCAGAGCUCCCUUGGGGGCCCAGCUGCUUUCUCAGCCCGUACCGGCCACGAGCAUUCCCCAGCCGGCAUGCCCCCUCUACCCUCCCCUCCAGUUCUGGGAGGGGGCCCUCUGCUGGUUCCCUGUGACAGCUCCACCGAACUCACCCACUCGCUGCUGGAAGGAGAGUCCAUCUCCUGCUUCGUUGUUGGAGGAGAAAAGCGGCUCUGCCUGCCCCAGGUGCUCAACUCUGUGCUCCGCGACUUCUCACUGCAGCAGAUCAACACUGUGUGCGACGAGCUCUACGUCUACUGUUCACGUUGCGACGCUGAGCAGCUGCACAUCCUCAAAGUGCUGGGCAUUUUGCCGUUCAACGCACCUUCCUGUGGCCUCAUUACACUGACGGAUGCACAACGUUUGUGCAACGCUCUGCUGCGCCCAGGGGCAGCCUUGCCCGCCGACCCCAGUGGUAAGCUGUCGACCCAGGGCCUGCUGAAGGAGAGCGAAGCCAGCUUCCAGGUGGAGCACCAGUGUCUGGGGAAGUGCCACGGUCUCUUUGUGCCCCAGUUCUACACCCAGCCUGAGGCACCCUGCAUCCAGUGUGUUGAGUGCCAGUUGCUCUUUUCACCGCAGAAGUUUGUCAUGCAUUCACACAAGUCACCUGAUAAGAGGACCUGCCACUGGGGCUUUGACUCAGCCAAGUGGCCCUGCUACCUGCAGCUUGCCAGGAAGUACCAGGGCACGCCUGAGGAACCCAGGCUCAAGCAGCUCCUGGACGAGGUCAAAGAGAAGUUCCACUACCAGCUCAAGAGGUCGCUAGAUAAAAAGGCAGUGGAGGAGGAGGAGAACCAGGUGAGGAAACCCUCUGCAGACCUCUGCUCACCCAGCGGCAAGCAGGCCGAUCCCGACCCUGCGAGAAAGGGGAAACCAUCUCCACCUACUCUGAUGUUCAACCGCCUUUUCUCGGACAUUAAGGAGGAGCCAGGACACCCCACCCUGGUCCAUCCCAGUUACUACCUGUACACAUACGAUAAGAUGGUGGCCCCCAACGUGUCUCUGCGGAGGGAGGCGGAGAUGAGUCCGGAGAUGCUCGGAGCGCUGCUCAAACACCACUACAGUCGCAGAGUGCUGGGCCACGACGAGCCACCCAUGGAUCUUCACGCGUCGCCUCCCGUCGCUGCUGGCGCCGAGGAGGCCAAAUCCCAACGUGCCGCUGCUGCCUUGGCCGCAGAGCGGGAAUGCCAAACCCAGGCAGUUUCCAUGGAGACAAGCAGCCCGAGCUGCAAGACAGCCACCCACACCCCCGCCCACACCCCUCCUCCUCCUCCUCCUCCUGCGUCGUUGUUGUCGCCGGUAACGGAAGUAGCGGCUAAGGACACAGGCUCUGUCACAAGCGGCGCUGCAGUGGUGGUUGGGGGGCUGGAGGAUGACAAGGACAGGAUUGUUGUGGAGAUCAUGCAGAUGUACAGCAGGCAGCAGGAGAAGCUCAACUCCACCCUACACAAGCAGCUGCAGCUGGAAAUGGAGCUGGAGGCGUUGCGUGGGGGUGAGGCGGCGAGGCUACGGGAGCUGAGUGCUGAGCAACGGGAGCUGCGCAGCGAGCUGGAGGCGGUGCACAGCGAGCAGGCGCGGCAGCUCAGCCAGGCCCGCCAGGAACAGCUGGAGCUGGAGACCCGUCUGGAGCAGCUCCGGCAGCAGGCCUGCGCCUGCGAGCCGGGGGCACAACGUCAGCAAGAGGCCCACUACACUGCACAGUUGUCGGAGCUCCGUCAGAGGCUGGAGCAGGCGGAGGCGGACCGACAGGAGCUGCAGGAGGAGCUGCGCAGGGAGCGGGAGGCGCGGGAGAAGCUGGAGCGCACAAUCACCCAACUCAAGCAGCAGAUGGCCCGGUCUGGCACGAUGGGAGGCAGCCCCUCUCCUCCUCCCACCCCUUCCACCGGACCCCCUAACGCACACUCCCCGCCCUCCUCCUCCUCCUCCUCCUCCUCUUCCUCCAUCUCAGAGGCCCCAGCGGCUGGCCAAAAGUAA